AUGUCGACCCAGAGGCUGAGCUUCCUCUACCCGCACCUGUUUCGCACUGCUAGAUGGGGCGAAUCUGCGGCCGGAACCACAAGCGGCCGCUGUCGGAGACGAGCCACAACCACUCGCAACAGCCCCUCCAGCCACCCUCGGCAUGCUGCAGCGCCAUUCGGGACCUCGACCACCUCCAAGAAGGCGAGCUUCGCCCCCCGCGUGGGCAAGGGCAUAGAGCCCAAACCCCUGGGCACCGUGCAGGAUGCUCCCGCCCUCGAGUCGCAGAUGAAGGGUCCCAAGCAGCCCUUCAAGCGCCCCUUGGGCAAAGUCCAGGCCGCGCCUAGCCUCGAGUCGGAAGUGAAAGGGUCAUCAUCAGCAGCAACACCCUCCUCCUCUCCAUCGAAACAGGAACCCAGCGCGCAACCAGCCGCCAGGGAGAGCACGCCAGAGCAGAAGAAGGAUGCCGCGAGGGAGCUGGACCCAUCCGCGGACGCGCCCAAGGAGACCCUCAGCUCGCCGGGCGUGUCCUCCUCAGAAAAGGCCAAGAAGAGCGGUGGCGGCGGCGGCGCAGACGGGGCCCAGGAGGCGGACGGCGCGCACAAGGGCGGCAAGCGCGCCAGCGGGCCCAUGGACGCCGUGCUGCACAUGGAGCCGCCCGAGAACAAGAAGCCCGAGGACAAGCCGCCGCACCUGGCGCCGUCGCCCUACGUGCACCACUUCGACAGCUACUCGCUGGUCAAGCAGCUCGAGGUGGGCGGCUACACGCAGACGCAGGCCAUCACGGCCAUGAAGGCGGUGCGCGCCCUGCUGGCGCAGCACCUGGACACGGCCCAGGGCGGGCUCAUCAGCAAGGCCGACGUCGAGAACGAGACCUACCUGUUCCGCGCCGCCUGCGCCGAGCUCAGCACCGAGGUCAAGAACAACAGGCGCGUCGCCGACGAGCAGCUGCGCCAGCAGCGCACCUUCCUGCAGCACGAGGUCGACAAUACCUCCCAAGCCCUGACCCAGGAGCUGGCCACGCUCAAUGACAACGUCAAGGGCAUGUUCAACGACCGCAAGAUGGCCGUCAGGGAGGAGCAGAAGGCCGCGGAGAGCGCUACCCAACAGAUAGCCUACAAGAUCAGCGUCACGCUCAACAGCGAGUCAAAGUCCGAGAUCGAGGCCGUGCGCUGGGUCCUGGCCAGGCGCGCCGUCACCGGCCUCUUCUUCAUGGUCGCGCUCUCGUUCCUCGCGCUCCGGGUCAGUAACGCCGUCUCGAAGAAGCAGAAGCAGGAGGAGGAGCUGGUCAAGGAGGAGGCCGCCGCCAUCAAGAUGAACGACGGCAGCAGGGACGUGGCGCCCUCGCCCGACGCCGCCGAGAUCCUGGCCGCGAACUAG